UUCAUUAGUGUCGGCAAUGGACUCCAAACACAAACAAAUGCUGAGUCCAGUCAUUAAAGGCAAAGCCAUUGCUCUCAUGAAUGUCUCGAAGACUAUUGAUUUGCGUUUGAAGUUAAGACAAGUGAUGGCAAAUGGCUUUAGGAGUGAUGUCCAGUUCAGACACAGUCCUCAUGGAGAGGACAAUGUGUUGGUCGCUCUGUUCGAUGACAAUGACAUCGACUUCGAGGUUGGAUUCGACAACAGAUCCAUUGAUAAGCGAAGAAUGGCUUUCACUAUGACUUAUGGCAAAGAGUAUGAAUACAUCAUAAGUCGUGGAUUGGCGACACUCGUAGCACUGGAAACCAAUGGCAAUCACUUAAGAUUCUUGAGUCCCAACAAACCGAUGGCUAAUCUGGUGGUGGAUCUCGUGGCACAAAAAGCACAGAUCAGUCGCGAGAGCUCAGAGAUCCUGUGCUCACGGAUUGGUAUUAACAUUUCCAAAUGGAUGGUGUAUAAUAUAAGUCAAAAAGCUGCUUAUUUAGUGAACACUCCGUUUUGUCAGAUAAUCCAAUGGCCACUGUUUGACACGGAUGUCAUACCACUCUAUGUGAACAAAUCGGGUGAUAGUAUUGUCUGCAAACCAGCAUUCAAUGGAUUGGACGAUAGGAUACUCAUCGAGAGAUUCAAUGCAACCGCCAUUCGAGUCAUAAAUGUGUUCAACGAUAGGAUCGAGUGUUUUGCCGCAAGUCUUGUCCGCAACACUGAUGACAUCAUUUCGUUCACAAAACUCAUCAAAUUUGAUGAAAAACUUGUCAAAUACUUUCCCCACGAUUUGGCUGUACUUAUCAAAUGCUCACUUGUUGACCAAGGGGUGUCCUUGUUCAGUUUUAUGAAAUCAAAAAGUAUCGAAAGAGUUAUACCACUCAUACCGGAGAUUAAACCACAAACGGACGCCAAACAAGACACUGAUUUGCCAAACAUAUUGUUUGUGGGCUUUGACUCGGUUUCCAGACUUAACUUUGACAGACAUAUGCCGAUCACGAGUCGGCUAUUGGCCAGACAUCACUUCUACACAAUGUAUGGCUUCAACAAAGUGGGUGACAAUACUUUCCCCAAUCUCACCCCACAAUUGACCGGACAUUAUGUUCACGACAUCUGGAGUGAGGACAUGAAGACCACUCAUUUCGAUUACUUCCCAUUCAUAUGGAAAGAAUAUAAAGAGAGGGGGUUUCUGACCCUUUACAUGGAGGACCAUCCAAGGCUUAAUACAUUCAAUUGGAAACGCAUUGGCUUUGAUAGGCCGCCCACUCAUUACUAUUUGAGACCUUAUUUUUUAUCCAUUAAUGACAAUACGGAUGACAAUUGCUAUUAUAGUAGACCACGGGUUGAGAUAUUUUACGAGUAUUUAUAUGAUUUUGUGAAUACAAUGCAUGAAAGAAAGCAAAAGUAUUUUGCCUAUCAUUUUAUGGUGAAAGUAACGCACGAC